GUGUUCCCCGUCGGACGACUAGACCGAGACAGCGACGGCUUGGUGCUGCUGACCGACGACGGCAGAGUCCCGGACGCGCUCCUGGACCCGACGCGAAAGGCGACGAAGACGUAUCACGUCGACGUGCGGCCCGCGCCGAGUGAGGAGGAGCUGCGGCGACUCCGCGGCGGCGUCGUGAUCGAGACGACGCAGCAGCGAGGGGGGGUCUCGACGACGGCGCCGACGGUGCGCGCGCGGAGAGGAGAUUCUCUCUCGAAUCCGACACGUCAGCGUGGUUUACCCAAUCACAUCGCUCGGAUCCGGGACGCCGAAGGCCGCAACCGGCAGAUCCGCAAGAUGUGCGAGGCGAUCGGCGUCGACGUGCUGCGCUUACGUCGC